UUUAAAAACAAAAAAUAAAUUAGAAUCCAUUUCGCAUUUUUGUCUAGUUUUCUCUCUUAGGCUCUCUCCCUCCCUUAUUCUGAAACCAUCUGCGAACAAGAGCAGCUCGCGAAAUCCAUGGCUAGGGUUCCAACCAAGCACGGUCGCGAUCAAGCUCUGGAUUUCCAGGGGUUUUUGAAUGACUUGCAGGAUUGGGAACUUUCCCUUAAAGACAAAGACAAGAAAAUGAGACCUCAAGCUUCCGACAAGGUUUCAUCUUCCGGGAAAACUAGAGUAACUGGUGAAGACAGGAAACGUGGCUCAGGGCCAUAUGACUACGCAAGGAGUUAUGACGCAAUUAAUAGUAUAUCAAGUAGUUUCAGUUCUGAUGAUAGUCUACCUGAUGCUGCUUCAGAGAAAGAAUUGGGUAAUGAGUAUUUUAAGCAGAAAAAAUUUAAGGAAGCCAUUGAUUGUUACUCCAGAAGCAUUGCCUUGUCACCAACUGCAGUUGCUUUUGCGAAUAGGGCAAUGGCCUAUCUGAAAAUCAAAAGCUACCAGGAGGCUGAAAAUGACUGUACAGAGGCCUUGAAUUUGGAUGAUCGUUACAUAAAAGCAUACUCACGGAGAGCGACUGCGAGAAAAGAACUUGGAAAACUAAAAGAAUGUCUUGAGGAUGCUGAAUUUGCCAUGAGGUUGGAGCCUCACAACCAAGAAAUCAAGAAGCAGUAUUCUGAGGCCAAAUCGUUAUAUGAGAAAAAUAUUCUUCAGAAGGCUUCUGUAGCACUGGAAAAUACCGUACAGAAAUUUCAGAAAGUUGGAAAAUCAGAUGCCAAAGUAAAUGGACAGGGUACCCACCCUGUCUCAGUACAAGAAAUUCAGGAAGGAAGAACAUCAGAUGCCAAAGUAAAUGGUCAUCCCAUACAGCCUGUCUCAAUUGCUACUCAAUCGACAGAAAUCGCUGCAGCUCAAGAUCGCAGCAAGCAGAGAAACCAUGUAACUAGAAAACAAGAGUUGCAGACAUCUGUGCAAGAGAUUGCUUCUCGAGCUGCUUCUAGAGCGAAGAUUGAGGCCGCAAAAAAUAUUACACCACCAAAGUCAGCUUAUCAAUUUGAGGUUUCUUGGCGAGGAAUUUCUGGUGAUCCUGCUUUGCAGGCUAGUCUGUUGAAGGCUGUACCUCCCAGUGAGUUACCUCAGAUAUUCAAAAAUGCUUUGACUGUUCCCAUUCUAGUCGAUAUCGUCAAGUGUGUUGCAACCUUUUUCGGUGAAGAAAUGGACCUCGCUGUAAGUUUUUUGGAAAAUUUAACCAAGGUCUCAAGAUUUGACGUGCUUAUGAUGUGUCUUACAUCCACUUACAGAGCAGAUCUUGCUAAGCUAUGGGACGAGGUAUUCUGUAACGAGGCAGCCCCAGUUGAAUACGUGGAGAUUCUGGAUAAGCUACGUUCGAAGUACUGCCUUAAGUGAUAUAACAAGUAUAAAGAGAUAUUGAUUUGUCUGAGUUCCGAAUAUCUGUAAUCGAGUUCAUUGUAAAUAAUUCUUGUGAAGUGCUUUGCAACUUAUAUUCGGUAAACCAAUUUUUGUAGGUUUAACUUUUGUUGUUGCAUCUUGGUAGUGUAUGAGUUCCAUCCAUUUUGGUCAUGUUGAUUGCAGUAUUUAAUGAGGAUGCGUGGAAAGUGAAUGUGGUUAUGGCUUUCAA